CCCGCUUCGUCGCCACGCUGCCCAGCGACGACGGCGCGGAGCUCAUGGCAUCGUCCUCUGCGCCUCUCGGACUCGAGUUGCUCGUUCCCGCCGGCGUCGCACAGCUCGGCAUCGUCCGCGCCCGCAGCGAGUAUUGCCUGACCGACGCCGACCUCCAAGGGCUGCCCCGCUCAGCGCAUCCCGGCGCUGGCGUCAUGUUCUCCGUCAAGGAUCUCGCUAGCGUCGCCAUCCUGAAGGGGUACCGCGAGCGCGGGCAGCGGGUCGUGCGUAUCAGCAGGCCCGACGUCUCGCGGGCCGAGACGCUCUUCCUUCCCGUCGGCAUCAUGACCACGGUCGGCGAGGUAAAAGCCAUGAUGCCGGGACGCGCAGACCUCCUCGGGCGCCGGCCCGAGCUCUGGCUCCGGCCUGAGGAGCGGCGCGCUGGCUCCUUCUGACCAAGGAGCAGACUUUUUAUUUGACAGAAUACGCCGUUAGUCC